AUGGAAUCAACUGUUUUGGAGCCUUGGCGUGUUUUGGGUAAGUUUUAUUUAUGUAUAAUAAAUAAACCGUUUGUGGUUCGUGUAAAUUUUGCUGUAUUUUAGCCUUUUUUCAAUGGAAAAUGUUUUAGAUCCGAAUUUUAGCCACGAAACGUGAAGACGAGGUCGUCUACGGGUUCACGUGCACGUGCGUUGAUAAUUACGUUGUCCAGCAACUGAAGGAGUUCGAUGUGAGGUAAAUGCUCCUCAUCGCCCGCGGAAGUCUUGAACUCCAUGAAUUCGAAUAGGAAAAGCAGUGGUUUGCAGAAAAAGGUCAAGAUUCAUGGAGAGAAUCAUGAAGAAUCAGACUUUUGUUGACUCGUUAAAUAUGGGAUAGAAUUUGGAGAUUGACCCUGACCACCUUAUCUUGAAGUAAGUUAAAAUUUUUUGACAUUGAUUACUCGGUUUUAGGGCUCUCUGCGAACAUGUCAAAAUUGGCAAGAUCCCCUGCGAUCUCGAUGUCCUCAUCUUCGAGACGGACUCCGUGAUUCUUCGUAGAAGGGCCCGCCUCUUACUCCAACAGAACUCGCGCAUGAUCAUGAAGCCGAUGCCGUCACAAAGUCCGCAUCCCCCCAGUGGAGACUUAUAA